AAAAAAAAAAAAAAAAAAGAAAGAAAUAUUCUCCUUUUUUUUUUUCUAAUAUCUAUAUAUCUACAUAUCUAUAUAUUUAUAUAUCUAUAUAUCUAUAUACCUAUAUAUAUAAAACAUAUAUAUUUAUAUAUCUACUCCUAUACUAUCAUGGACACUAAUCAACAGCAUGAAGAGGAUUUGGAAAGACCAUCUUUAAAGAGAAGGCUUUCAACUUCCACUUUAGCAAACAGUAUAAAAUCACCACCUGCUCAUUUUUAUGCGCUUCGAAUCCCAGAUGAACAAAUUAAUCAAAUUAAGAAUAAAGCUAUUCGCGAGUUUUAUAAGAAUCAAAAUGAAAUUAUUGAUCGAUUCGAAGCUGUUGAUAGAGUGAUUGAAGAAAUCCAGAAACCUAGUUGUUAUGGAUCGAUGUCUACUGAUAGUAGUUUGACAGAGACUAAUUUAGAACAGAACAAAAAUAUGAUAGAUGAGGAAAUGAAUGUGGGUGUCCCAUUAUUGACAAAACUAUCAACAACGAAUUCAAAAGUAACUACCUCUCCUACUUGGAUCAUUCAUUUAGCUAUCAAUCUCUCCUUGGUUGCUAAUAUUGCAUUAUUUUUAACAAAAGUAUUACUGGCUAUUGUUUCAGGAUCAAUGGCCAUUUUGGCUUCUGCAUUUGAAAGUUUCCUGGAUAUCUUAAGUAACGCAAUUAUCUUUAUUACAAUGCGUUUAAUUAGACAAAAAAAUAUAUAUGCUUAUCCUGUAGGAAAGUCAAGAAUGGAACCACUAGGAAUCAUUGUAUUUGCAGUGGUUAUUACAACUUCCUUCUCACAAGUAUUGGUUUCAUCCCUUGAACGUUUAACAGAAGAAAGUACAAAUAUACCUCCUAUUGAUUUAAGCCCUGUAGCGCUGGCGUUAUUAGGUGCUAAUAUUCUUAUUAAAGGUCUUUUAUGGAUUUGGUGUUUAACAAUUAAAGGAAGCUCUAGUGUUCAAGCCUUAGCUCAAGAUCAUGAAAAUGAUGUUGUAUUUAAUAUUGCAAGCACCAUAUUUCCUGUUCUUGCUGUUUGGAUUAAAUUGCCUUGGCUAGAUGCAGUCGGGGCUAUUUUACUAUCAGUUUAUAUCAUCUAUGAAUGGAUGAUUGUAUUAUUUGAAAAUAUUCGUAGAUUGACAGGUCAAGCUGCAUGUGCUGAUGAUAUCAAACAAUUAACAUAUAUGGCAUAUAGAUUUUCUAGUAAAAUUAUUUCUAUAGAAACUGUAAGUAAUUAUUCUACAUAAGAAUAAUAAAAAUAAUGUACUUACGUUAUAAUUUUAGGUAAGAGCCUAUUAUGUCGGUGAUCGCUUAUUAGUAGAAGUCGAUAUCAUAUUACCACCAGAAUGUAAAUUACAAGAUGCCCAUGACGUAGGAGAAGCUUUACAAAAUGCAUUUGAAAUGUUAGAUAACGUUGAAAGAGCCUUUGUUCAUUUAGAUUAUACUCCAGAGCAUCAAAUCGAACAUAGACGUGCUGUUGACACUAAUGGUUUUGGUCAAUAGUAUUCUCCUAUGUGCGCACGUAUAUAUAUAUAUAUAUAACAUACUACUGCCACUAUCACCUCUAGUUCUAUUUUUAUAUAUAUUUAUUUAUAAAUUUUUUCUUUUAAAUCAUUAAUAUCAUCAUUCAUUGAAAGAUACAUGCAUAUUACCAAAUA